GUGUCAUGGGGUUGGCAACCUAUGUCACAAAACGAUAUUUGUAUUAGUUGUUUAAUGAGAAACUAAUUUGCUUUGUAAACCAUCUAAAGUACAACAAAAAUAUUCCAAAUAUACACUUUCCUACUUUAGGUUACUAAAAAGCCACAGAUUUAUCAGUUUCUUCUUUAAAAAAAAAAAAAAAAGGGAUGAAUGAAUAAAUUAACACAGUGUUAGCAGACUACUUCACUGUUCUCAUUUUGUCGUCGUUUAAAUGAAGACUACCAGCUAGACCUUCUUCAAAGUAUGUAAAUCCUCAUGUUACCAAAAAAAACCUCUUUGCUGUUGAGUCGAUUGUGACUCAUAGCAACGCUGUAGGACAGAGUAGAUCUGCUCCAUAGGGUUUCCAAGGAGUAGCUGGUGGAUUUGAACUGCCUGCCGACCUUUUGGUUAGCAGCCAAACGCUUAAACCACUGUGCCGCCAGGGCUCCUCAAGUUACCAAGGGUUCCUUACAUUUGACAAAGGGAGCACAUGCUCAUUUCUUAGACUUUCCCUGACAUGCCAAUUUAACUUGCUCCUUUAGAUACUAGAAUGUAUUUCUCAUUUAGCAAGAGAGCUGUGCCGAUGGGUUGAAGAUAGGAAAAGGCAGCAAGAGGGGAUUAUCUAGAAACUGAUUCCUGUUAAGUCUGGACUGGGUUCUCCCCCUGGGAAAAAGGCUACCAGCUUUACUACGUCUUGCCACAGCACACUUCUCAGUGCUUCACUAGCAGAACAUCUAAGGGGGAGUGUCAGGGAAUGAUGGCCUUUGAAGAAGCUACAGCUUCAAGGCCGUGCUUUUGACCUCACACUCACUGUUAAAGUAGCUCUUCCCGUUCAGUCAUAGCCGUGAGGAUUGACAGUACUGACAGGAGUUUUCCUUUGAUUACUGCUUUUGCAUACACGGUCUGUGGGAGGCAGAGGCGUUUGGAAAGUUGAGGUGAAGGACCAGUAAGAUCAGGUCCUUAUGUAAAAGUUAAUGACUUAUCUGAAGUUUAUCUUAAUGUAACUACACAACUGAUUGUAGGCAAAAGUAAUACUUUGCUUACUGUCUGUUUUCUUUGCCUUAUAAGUAAUUGCAAAAAUGACACCUGCUGGUUGAUUAGACUUUUGAGCCAGUCUUUUGUAAAUCUUGGCUCUCUCCUCUUCCUAGUAAGAGUCACUAAUUUUGUUUUGUUUGUUUCCCUCUUUUCAUUUUCAGGAUCUGCAGGAAAGUCUGUCUUGGAACAGUUUGGAUUCCCUUUAACUGGAACAGAGCCUAAGUGUUACACUAAUCAUGCCUUGUCUUAUGAUCAGGCAAAGCGGGUGCCUAGAUGGGUUCUUGAACAUAUAUCCAAAAGCAAGAUAAUGGGCCACAAGGUGGAGAAGAGUUUUGUUCCUUUGAGGAACUAAAAGAAGGCCAGAGUGGCUGGAGCUUGGUGAGCGAGGGAGAAGGUGAUGCCAGACGAAGCUGGAGAGGUAGGCAGGUGCGUACACCUGUUCAUGUGUGCUUAUGUGUCGGUAGAUCCUGUAGUUAAGAUGACCAGAUCUUGUCAUAAUGUUGGAGUGGUUUCUUUGGUUCCUAGGUAGAUAUUCUGAUUUACACUCCUACAUCACUGUUUUUCCUGUCUCCCCCAACCCUCACCCACACACAGUGAGCAUUAUUGAGCUUUACCAAUUUAGUAGUUGGGUAUAUUUGCAUUUAUUGAUUACCAGUGAGGGUUAACAUUUUAUGAAUUACUCUUUAUCUGAUUUUCAGUUGGGAUAUUAUUUUUUUAAUUGAUAUGUAGGAGUUCAGGAAUAUUACCUUUUGGCAUAGUUGUAAGUUUUAUUAGUAUUUUGUAAUUUGGCUUUUAAUUUGAUAUAUGGUCCACAGAUUAUUUCUUCUUUGCUCUACUUGGGCUCACCCAAGGAAGGUUGUCUCAUAGGAAACCCUCCCCACAUUAAGCUAAAACUCCAGAAAGAGCUACACCCUUGGGAAGGGUGAACCAGAACUUACCCUGCUGCCUACCAUAAGGAACUACACAGAGGUUGCCUUGGCACUGAGCAGAGAAGGGUCAAAAAGGAAAAUAAAAAGCCUGUUUUAGAGUAGCCGAGGCCACAGACUAUCAUGCAGGCUCAUAACCCAAAUCCACUUAGCCUGGGUAGAUGAGGAAACCUUAAACCCUGAACUUGGAUUAAUAUCCUCCACUGAAAUGCCUCCAGACCCUGACAGAAGCAAAUUCACGUCGUUUCUCAAGGAAAGCAUUUUCAUCCUAGGCCUUUGGAAGUUCUCACAAAUGGCUUUUCAAGGGCAGUGAGUACUAGGAAUAGAAGGAAGUGACUCCAGUGUGUUGAUAAUUCUGCACUACCAGUUAUUUUUAUUCUUUAUGAAGUUAUUAUGAAAAGCUAGCUAUUAGAUACUUAGACGUUCCUGGGUGGUACAAUUAGAGUUAGACUGCUAGCUGAAAGGCUGGCGGUUGGAACCCACCCAGAGGCACCUUCAGAAGACAGUCCUGACAGUUUGCUUCUGAUAGCUCACAUCCUUGAAAAUCCUAAUGGAACAGUUCUGCUCUCUACAUGUGGGGUCGCCAUGAGUUAGAAUACUCCAUGGCAGCUGACAACAACAGUAUUAGUUGCUUUACUCUGAACCUUGGGAUCCCAUGACUUUAAACUUUUCUGGGCUGAAUUAUAUGACAUUGGAAUCAGUAACUUCAUUGAUCUCCAUUUCACACUUCUUUGGGGAGCAGUCUGAGUAUAUUCCAUUUGUCCUCAUAAUUUUUGUUCUGUAACUAGGCCUGUCCUAAUGGCAGUAGAAAAUGUAAUAAUUUGCUGAUGUCAUUUGUGACAAACCAUUCUGGAGGUAUUAUUAGAUAAUAAGUAAAAAUUGAGAUUUCUUCUGUGUAGUACUCAAAUAAUUAUUUCAGGAAUUUCUGGGUUGAGCUCAUAACUUAAAUGUUUGUUUUGUUGUUGGCUGAAGAGGCAGUAAGUGAGAUAUCAGACACCUCUCCCCUCCCAUCCCCGGGCUGUGCCUACCAGAACAAAUUGUUUUUAGUCUAUAUAUAUCCAUUGUUUCAGUACAUAUAAACACUUCACAGUACAGUUGUACUAAAUACAAUACAUGGGGAUCUUUAUGGAAGGGAAGAGUUUAUAGUGCAGCUUUUUUUUUACAGCUCAUCUGUUUGAUUGGUCGUUGCUUUUACUUAAACACUAUCUAGGAGAUUUUUAUUGUUAGCUCGAAAGGUCAGGAUAAAAAUUAUAUGAGAUGGCUACAUUGUGUGAAAAGCAUUCUUUCCCAGGCUACUCCUUUUCUAAAUUCAGAUGGAGUAUCUGAAAUAUCCUAGGAAUUUGAGACAUGCAUACUAUCCCUAAGUACUAGCUGCUAGCAGAGAUACCAGCCAGCAGCAGCCAGCUUGCCUUGCUUAGAGAAUUUAUCAGGGUAUUUGUCCGCUGAUAACUUACCCAUUUUAUGUGUUUUUCUUCAGGUGAUGCAGACAGAAAACAUUGUAAAUUCAGGCCUGACCCCAGCAUCCCUCCAGUCUUCAGUGCCCUCAAUGAGGACUAUCUUGGAAGUGGGUGGUCGCGAGGACACAUGGCUGCAGCAGGAGAUAACAAAUUCUCAACUAAAGCCAUGGCGGAAACCUUUUACCUUUCCAAUAUUGUGCCUCAGAAUUUUGAUAAUAAUUCCGGAUACUGGAACAGAAUAGAAAUGUACUGUCGAGAACUGACAGAAAGGUUUGAAGAUGUUUGGAUAGUAUCUGGACCUUUGACCUUACCUCAGACUGGAAGUGAUGGAAAGAGAACAGUUAGUUAUCAGGUGAUCGGGCAGGACGACGUGGCAGUUCCUUCACACCUUUAUAAAGUGAUCCUGGCGCGCAAAAGUCCAGUGUCUCCUGAACCCCUGGCACUAGGGGCCUUUGUGGUGCCCAACGAGGCCAUUGGCUUCCAACCCCCGCUCACUGAAUUCCAGAUGAGCCUCCAGGACCUCGAGAAGUUGUCAGGACUGGUGUUUUUUCCUCGUUUGGACAGGACUAACACUAUCAGGAAUCUCUGCGCUGUGGACACCUGUAAGCUUCUGGAUUUCCAAGAGUUCACUCUGUACUUGAGCACAAGAAAGAUUGAGGGGGCGUCAUCCGUGCUCAGACUGGAAAAGAUCAUGGAGAAUCUGAAGAAAGCCGGAAUUGAGCCAGACGGUCACUUCCUCAGUGUCUAUGAGAAGAAACUAGAAGAGCUCAAAGCUAAGGAGCAGUCAGGAGCCCAGGAGAGAAAGCCAUCCUAGUUUUCAAUCUCAGAAGACGUGGGAUGCCAUCUGUAAUAAAGCCGGCAUGCCCUCUUCAUGCCAAUAUAUUUUAGUGGCUUGCUUUAAGUAUAAAAAACGAUGGAAUCCUAAAUUUAAGUUUAAAUUUACCCCAAAAGAUGAAGGAUCGGCAGUUUUUUGGCAGUAUUUUAUUUGACGUGGGAACUAACUAUUAUGGGAGGUGCUACGCCUGUAGAUGAGGUGUCGCUCCCGUGUCGGGUGAGCAGGAGGACUGUACGCAGUGUGAUGCUGUUCAUGGCCCUCUGGAUGCAUAGUGUGCAUAGUGUGUGAGACCUGUACCCGUUGCCUUCGAGUCGAUUCCGACUCAUGGUGACCCUACAGGACAGAGUAGAACUGCCCAUAGCGUUUCCAGGGAGCAGCUGGUGGAUUCAAACUGCUGACCUUUUGGUUAGCAGCCAGGCUCUUAACCACUGCGCCACCAGGGCUCCAUAGUAUGUGAAGGCACCAUUUAUUUUAAUGCCUCCAAAUUAUGCAGUGUUUUUGAUGUAUUCUCUGCCUCCUCGGAGCCCGUUUGUCUUGGUCAUCUAGUGCUGCUGUAACAGAAAUACCACAAGUGGAUGGCUUUAACAAAGAGAUAUAUUUUUUCACAGUCUGGUAGGCUAGAAGUCCAAAUUCAGAGCAUCAGCUUCAGGGAAAGGCUUUCUGUCUCUGUCGGCUCUGGAAGAAGAUGCUUGUCAUCAAUCUUCCCCUGGUCGAGGAGCUUCUCUGCUUAGGAAACCCAGAUCCAAAGGCCACACUCUGCU